UUUUUUUUUUUUUUUUUUUCUUUUCUGUCUAGAUAGUUCGAUGACAACUAUAUCCAAUUAAUAAAUGACUAUAACAACAGAUAUCAAUGACUGUUCCCCAGAAGAUGUACUAAAGCUAUCAGACAGUUCUGUCAAUGAUAGUGGCACUAAUAUUCCAGUACAAUACCAUCUUUCAGAGCAGCAAGCAAUACAGGAUCACUAUAACGCUUCUAAUAUAAACAGUACAACUAUAUCAUUAGACGAUAAACUAUCAGAAACAUCAUCUGAACAUCAAAUAGCAACUACACUAAGCUCGUCUUCAAUGACUGAUUACAUUAACUGUAGUAUUAAUAGUGGCAAUCCCAACCUUACGUCUUGUUCUGUUCCAAUAAGUGCACAGCAAGUGCAGAGCUUAGUGAAUGAAUUAAAGCACACAAAACAGUUAUUAAGGCAAUAUCAGGCUAGAACAGAAUAUUUGAUGGAUCUUGUAGGGAAGCAAACGAAUAAAAUAUCCGAAUUACGUGAUCAAAUUGCCACAAAACAGAACAGAAAACUAUGAUUCAAAAGAAGAAGAAAAAUCAGGAACCAAAUAAAAACAAAAAUGAAACAAGGAAAAAAAAAAAAAGUCAAAAU